GUUAAGGAGCUGUCCAUUCAGCAGCACCAGGAGCCUCGGAUGACCCCUUUGGGAAAGAUCAUGACAACAUGAACUGCUGAUGAUCAUCCGACAAGGAAUAGAUGCACUCGGAGGUAAUAUAGUUAUCAUGAAGCAGAUGUCGGUUUGAAUAAAAAUCUGCAGUUUUGAUUGAAGCAUUUGGUGGCAGCACGUCUGUUAAGCAGGCGGACAUACGUAGAGAGAGAAGACUUCCAGUCAGUGACGCCGAGCUGCACAACAACAAGCCUCUCCUUCAGCUGCCUUUUAUCCUCAAUUUGUAUCCGUGCGAACUGCAAUUUCUUGUGCACACUGCAAGAGAAUCUGUGCGUCCUCCAGGCUCAGCGAUCCAUCAUGAACUCUGCAAGGAAGUAGCAGAGCAGGGUCUGUUCACACUUUUAUCAUUCGUGUCCACUCUCAGCAGGCACUGAGACGAGACAGAGAUGCUGAUGUCUGGGACGCUCCAUCGCCCCCUCCUCCUCAUCCUGGCUGCUGGGACCUGUCUCUGUGUCUACGGCACCCCUGUCCACCUCCCAAACUUCACCCACACACUAAACUGUGAUGGACAAUGUGCCAGCUCAGUUGCUGCAACUGUUGGGUCAAUCUCUGACCCCUCAGCUACAGAACAUGUGACUGGCCUGAUGCUGAAUGUAGGUGCAGAAGGAGGGGCUGGCCCACAUGGACGACCUGAGGGGAUAGAUGCAGUGACGCAGACGGGAAAUGGGGACAGCCGCGAUGGAAGAUCUGGGCCGAGCGAGGCUGUCGGAGAGGAGGAGGCAUGGAGCCAAAGGGAGAAGGUCGGGAGCUCAUCCGAGAUGGGAGACGCUGAAAGACAGUCGGAGGCGGCUUCGGUGCUGUCUGUUGGUCCAGAAGGUAUAAAGGAGGACGCACCUGUUACCAGUGAGCCUGUGUUGAGUCCUACAGGUGGGAGGAAGCUGUCGGAUGGAUUUUCAGCCUCCUCCACGGCGCCGCCACAGCUGAGCAUCCCAGCCAGGGAGGGCAAAGGUCAAGGUGAGGAGGAGCAAACAAAACCACCUGGUUAUGGUGAUGCUCUCCAGGAUAAAGACCCAGAAACAAGCUCUACAGAACCUCCAAAUCCUGGAGCGCGGCUCCAGAAACUGACCUCCCACAGCUCCAUCCCUCCCACGGUCUUUUUCUCCCCACGGACCUCCACACAUUUGUCCAUUUGGGGCCACGAUGGAACCAUAUCAUCCCUCCCGGACCCCUUGCUGCCUGAAAUUGGACCCAACAUGAUGCCCAGAGAGGAUGGACCAGAAAGCCUGUGGACUGAGGCAGCAAGGCCCAGUGGAGUGGACACCGUGGUCCCGCCGUCUCAGGAUGAAGCCACCGAGGGUACCAUGUCAUCAGAGGCUCUGCCUCUCAUCUUUGAGCCUUUUGAAGAUGUCACACCAGAGGGGGCGGCGGCAGCGGUCACCCUGGUGCCCGGCAGCGCUCAGCCUCCCGCUGCCAUGGCGACCGGAGGAAUGCCUCAGUCAGAGGCGGACCUGGACCAGCUGGUCACCGUGGAGACAGACAGCGACGGCCCCUCGCACGCCCCGCUGAUGGGGCUGAUACCAGACUGGACGUCACCUUGGCAGACGUCUGGCGGGGAGCUCCUGGAGCCGAUGGGCUCUUCGGGUCCGUCUGUUUCACAGCGGCCAGCCGGGGCUGAGCUGGAGGAUCAGUCUGAGAGAGGUGCUGCGAGGACACCGAACCUUGAAGAGAACUUGCCCACCGCCGGUCCCUCCCUCUCAUCCCUCCAGCAUGCUAUGACAACGGUAACCAUGGCAACCCAUCGGCCGGCGCACAGAUCCAGAUCAGGAUUGGAGGAGAUGGAGUCUGAGGAGGAGCAAGAUGAGGAUGAGGAGGAUGAAAACUCUGAGGAAUCGGUGGAGGAUGAGAGCGAUGAGGACCUGACGGAAACACCUAAAGCAUCCUCGACGCAGCCUCCGUACAGCCUCAUCCCUCCGCCUCCUGUCUGGGUUCAACGCAACCAGGGGCUGAUGAGAAGCUGGGUCGAGCUGAUCAGAGAAAAGGCAGGUUACGUGUCUGGGAUGUUGGCCCCCGUGGGCAUCGGCAUUACCGGGGCCCUGCUAAUCGUCGGCGCCCUCUACAGCAUCCGGAUGAUUCACCGCAAGAGAAGGAACAGCUUCAAACACCAGAGGAGGAAGGUCAGGCAGCCAGAGCAACCUCGAGAGCCCGGGACCAGCCGCCAGGAUCAGGCCAUGCUGCUGGCCGACAGCUCUGAGGAUGAGUUCUGAUGAGAACUCCUUUCGUCAGUGACCGAUGAUGGCUGACGCUCCUGUAAAGGAAGCUCGGCAAACACCCCCAUCGCCAUGACUACCGCAUCUCCAAUCACCCCCGGGCUGUUUGGCUAUGACUCAUCUGAUCCACAGAGUGUGACUGAGUAGCCUAUAGGGCACAAUUUGCACAGGCUGCACAAAGGUCAGCUUUGUAUACCUACCCCCCCUCCCCCCUUACUAAAAGUACCAAUGUGAGCACUUUUCUGAAUGUUGUCAGGUGAUGUUGACACUAAUGGCUUGGCAGGGCUGGCGUCACUUUGACAUCAAAAAUAUGAUAUUGCUGCUCGUAAAAAGCAGGGUAUUGGCAGGAUGACAGGGUUGCUGGUAAAUUGUUGGAGUUGAGGGGGAAAGUGUCGACCAGCGGGUUUUCUGUCAAGUAAUAAAAAAAAGGGCUGUAGAGAGUAACAUUACAUAAACAAUGUAAAUAUAUGUACUGUAUAUGUAGCUGACUUGGGGUCAGUCGUUUUAGUGUAAAUACAGUUUUACUUCUUGCUACACAUCUGGAUAUUUAAAGGAAUUGUUCAACAUUAUGGGAAAUAUUUGCUUUCUUGCUGGGAGUUAGAUAAGAUAGACUCUCAGAUAAAAAUGUGGUAUCUAUCGUCUCAUCUAACUCUCGGCAAGAAACCGAAUAAGCGUUUCUCAAAACGCUGAACUAUUUCCUUGAAGCAAGAUUUCCACACAUUUCAGAAACCAGUGGAGGAAAAAGUACUGAGAACUUUUACUUAAGUAAAACUACGAAUACCAUGAUCUAUAAGUAUUCCAUUAAAAGUAAAAGUCAUUUAAAAUCUUAUUUAAGUAAAAGUACAGAAGUAUUAUAAUCAAAAUGUACUUAAAGUAUCAAAAGUAAAAGUACUUGUUUUGCAAAUUAUAUAUUAUUAUAUAUAUAUAAUUUUAUAUAUGAUAUCAAUAGUUUAGUUCAGAGGUUCCCAACCCUGGGGUCAGACUCCACAGGGACAGAAAAUAAAUCUGAGGGGUCAUGAGAUGAUUAAUCGGGUAGAAAAGAAAAAACAAAAAUUUCUAUUAAUAUUUUGGACUCUUCUUUAAUCUUUGAUUUUUAUUGAAAUGUUGGAUUCAAACAGUUAUUUAAAUGAAAAUAUUUG